AUGUUAUUAGGUUGGAUUGAUGAAUUGGGACUCAUCCACUCGGAUCCCACCAAAAACAUUCUCAAAUCCUUUCCUCUCGAGGUGAAACGUGUUGUCAUCUCGGCCAUCACUGAUUAUUUCAAUCAACAGAAUGCAACAGCCAAAAACUUCCUCACGACCACUGCCCACGUAGAAUGGGUCAUGGAAGUCUUGGGCCAUGCCUUCCAAUUGCCCAUUGCCGAUCAUCAAACCAUCGAUCGGGCCAUCAAUGUCUACAAUAAGUGGCUCUUUGAAGAGGCUCAACGUCCAGCUCCCCUCCAAGAAAAUUUACAGUACUUUGUACAGCAGAUUUUCAAUCACUUCUCAUUGCUGUUUGAGGAACGUGGUUUAGAUGGAACAUUGGGAACUGGAGGAUCGGGAUCUCAGGAAGAGAAGAAACAUCAUAUUCAUCUAUGUAAUCGAGUGUUGGAUAUUUUCCUUCAGAUGGGAGUGAAGGGAGAUAUGUUGGAGGAGGAAACUUGGAAUCAUAUUUUGAAGAUUAUAUUGGGAAUUACGGAUUCGACUUUGAGAGGAAAGAGAGGUCUUCCAGAAUUAUCGUAUGGAUUGUUGAAAGUCUUGUUUGAGUUGUGGUUAUGUUCCUUGUCGGAUGACAAGACCAUGUGGCGUCAUUUGCAAGAACAUGGAAUUUUUUGGUCAAAGAAUAAUGCAACUAUUAAUCAGUGGAAUAGUGUUUGUAUUGGUUUGACCAAUCGUGUCAUUAACUUGCUCUAUGGUCCAAGUGAAGGUACUAGUGUUGUGAGAAUUCAAUGGGAAGGUCUCAAUCCAAAGAAUAAUCCAAAUCCAAAUGUUGGAAACUCAACCACAGAAUUGGAUUUACCAGAUGAAUACGUGUACUAUGCAUGGAAUCAGUUCUUACAUAUUAUUGGCAAUCCAAACAAGUUGGUUGACCCAGAAAUUCACCUCAAAGCAUUCCAAGGUAUUGAAGUCAUUACACACAGCUUGGCAUAUGUUGGUACCGAUCCUCCAAUCAAGAAAUUGAAGGAGCAAAAAAUUGAUUUCCGUAUUCCAUAUGCACCAGAUGCCAAUUCUAUUUUGGACAUUUUCGGACCAUGGUAUUUCGAAGCUGUUUUCCGUGAAAAUGCAAAUAAUUUCAAUCAAGGUCGUGCUGUCGCCUACAGUGCUUUGUGUAAGAUAUUCUGUAGAAAGGGAGGUAGCCCAAUUCACACUCGAUACUUGUCACUCUUCUAUAAGGCUCUAUGCUCUGGAUUGGAGGAUGAGGAUCCAAUUGUUGUCAUCGCCAUUUUAUUGGGCAGUAAGAAGAUUUUCUGUUAUGAGGAAUUAAUCGGUUCUCAUAUCCUCAUUCGUUACUACAUGAAAGUUUGUGACAGGAUUUUGGGAGGAGCUUCAUCAACUUCAGGAAAAGAUUCUGCACAAAAUUCCAAGUACAACACUGAAGUGCGUCAAGCAUGCAUUACCAUUCUCGGAAGUUUGGUUUGCUUCCCAAAUCACUUUGCGACACAAGGCGUUUCCGAAGAGUACUCUGGACAAGCCAACGUAUACAGCGAACUCAAAUUCCAAAUUCAAUCAAUUUUACAAAAGGCAUUGAAAUCAGAAAAGAAUCCAAAGAACUUGCAAUAUAUUAUUUGGGUUAUUGUAGUUUUAAUUUAUGAAGAGAUUGACAAGAAUCCAGAAAUUGCGGUCAUUUUCAUUAGAAACAUGUUGGAUAUUGUAAAAACUUAUGCUCCAAAACCACUCAAGGACUAUCCACCUGAGGUAUUUAUUGCCAUCUAUGAGGCAUUGAGCACGUUGACCAAUUUGUAUCCACAAAUAGCUGAGACUGAACCAAUGAUUUCUCGUGAAACUGUUUUCCAAUUGAGUACCAUUAUUCCAAUGCAAGUUGCCUUGCUCAAACAAAAUCAAACCAGUGCCAAGCUCAUUGAAGAAACUUUUUAUAGCAUGUGUGAUUGGAUCAUGUGUGGACCUUCCGUCAUUCUCUCCAACAAGGAAAGUAUUACCAAAGUCAUUUUUGCUGUGGAUCAGGGAUUGAACAUUGUGAAGCAUGUCGGUGUUCCAGGUGGUGUCAGUGCAGGUGUUGAGAGUCCUCAAAGCAACCCAAGAGCAUCCACCACAGGAACUGCCCUCGCCAGCCAAAGUACAACCUUCACUAAGGACGACAUUGAAAAUAUCAAAAUUUCUGCAGAGUUCGUCUUGUCUCAUUUAAUGAACCACGUCUCUCACUUCCCAACUACAAGUAAUAAUGCCGCUCUUCACACAACCUUAUCCGAGGAAACUCAAUGUUUGGAUGACUUGGAACCAGAAAGCUCGAAUUAUGUUCGAUUCUACAUUUAUGACAAUCAGUAUGUGAUCAGUUUGGUUGAACAACCCAAUGAAAAGGGAGGUCCUGGUGUCACAGUCAUUAUAAGAGAUUUGACUGGUAAACACUCGUGGGAUUCUCAAGUCUUGUAUGGAGAAAUUCCACAGCCAUACAGUGAAAUUGAGGAACGAGGUAUUUAUACUGGAAGUGUUCUUACCGAAGGUUUAUUAAACCAAACUCCAGAGGCUGAACAAAAUGGCACAUUGAUGCAAUUCCAUAUCGAUCGACCACUCAAGGAUAGAGAUACUGUCUCACUUUUCGAUCAAAUGAUUGAUGAAGAGGAGGACAAUGAGGCCAAUUUCUUAGAUCAAAUUGCACCUGAUUACACAUCCUAUGAUGUUUCGUGUCGUGAGCCAAACAUGAGAUACAAGUACGGAGGUGACUGUAAGGCAAGCAUGACUCGAUUGUUGCUCUCUUCUGUGGGUCUUGUCCACAUUGCAUUGACAAGCCGAUUUGUUCCACUUCAAAGCAAUAGCAAACUUUUGAGAAGUUUACGUAAUUUGGAUGGUACUCAACCUCGUGAGACGCACAAAGUUGGUAUUGUCUAUGUGAAGGAGGGUCAAGACGAUCAACAAGAUUUGUUCAUGAACGUUGAAGGAAGUGAUCAAUACAAUGCAUUUGUAAAUUCUUUGGGAUGGACCAUCAAUCUUCAGGAUCACUUGGGAUUCAUGGGUGGUUUGGAUAAGAAUGGUUCUACCGGCGUCAAUGCUCCAUAUUAUGCUGAUUAUAGAACUGAACUCAUGUUCCACGUUCCAACGAUGAUGCCAAAUAAUCCUAAGGACCCACAACAAAUCCACAAGAAGAGACACGUCGGAAAUGAUCAUGUCAACAUUAUUUGGUCCGAACAUACACGUGACUACUACAGAAAUACCAUCAUUUCUCAAUUUAACUUUGUUCACAUUGUAUUAUAUCCAUUGAACAGAACCCAUAAGGGCUUGAUUAGAGUUGACGUCAUGAUCAAGGAAAGAACAUAUCCAGUAUUUGGGCCAGUCCUUGAUGGUAUGAUUUUGAGUGAGAAAGUUGCGGGCGCCUUGAUUAGAAUGACAGCCCUUAACGGAUCAAGAAUCAGUAGAGCCAAGUCCACAGGUAUCAUGCGACCUUAUUUGCAACGUAAGAGUUUAAUUGCAGAACUUGCUCAAAGAUACAAGGCAACACUUGAAACUGACAAGUAUUACAGUUCUUUAUUCGUCAACAAGGAAGUAGCACAACUCAUGAUGGACCCACCAGGAAAUCAAAAGAAGAAAUAA